AUGUUUGAGUCACUAAAUUUAGAUGGCUAUAUAUCUAAGAUUACAGGGUUUGAGACUAAGAAGUUAACCCACGUUGAGUAAUUAUUACUGACUUCAUUUCAACAAAGAAGUACUGGCAAUUUUUCUCCGCUCCCGACCCCUAGUUUCCAGCACCGCGGGCUGGGGUGGAGAAGCCAGAGCGCUGGAUCGCGAGAAGAAAGGAGAGACUGGCAGGUUUCCUCCCUCGCCCACCGCGGCUGGGCAGGGAGGCGGGGCUCCUGGGUUGCCAAAGUCCGUGGCCCCGCCCCCCGCAGCGUCCCGCCCACCCGAAGGCCGCCGCGUCGCUAUGGAAACGGCCACGGCUUCGGCGCUGCCAGGACCAGGAUGGCGGCUGGGGAGCCGGGGGAUUUGGGCGGCUACUACUUCAGAUUCCUGCCUCAGAAAACCUUCCAGUCUCUGAGCACCCCGGAGACCACCAGCCGGCUUCGCCAGUGGUCCAUGCUGGGCAGAAUCAAGGUGCAGGCAUUCGGCUUUGACCAGACGUUUCAGGCCUAUCGGAAGGAUGAUUUCGUUAUGGCUUUUUUCAAAGACUCAAAUGUUAUUCCCAAUUUGAAGUUACUUUCAGAUUCUUCUGGACAGUGGAUUACAUUAGGAACUGAAGUGAAAAAAAUUGAAGCUAUCAACGUUCCUUGCACACAGCUUUCAAUGUCAUUUUUUAAUCGGUUAUAUGAUGAAGAUAUUGUACGAGACAAUGGCCAUAUUGUUAAAUGUUUAGAUUCUUUUUGUGAUCCCUUCCUUAUUUCCGAUGAGUUACGCAAAGUUUUGCUAGUGGAAGACUCAGAAAAAUAUGAAGUAUUCAGCCAACCAGAUAGAGAAGAGUUCCUGUUUUGUCUUUUCAAACACCUUUGCCUUGGUGGAGCCCUUUGUCAAUUUGAAGAUGUGCUUAGUCCAUAUCUGGAAACAACAAAGCUUAUCUAUAAGGAUCUAGUGAGUGUUCGAAAGAAUCCUCAAACCAAGAAAAUACAAAUUACCUCUUCUGUCUUUAAAGUUACAGCAUAUGAUUCUGUUGGUAUGUGCUACCCUUCAACAAAGAGCCAUGAACAGACAUUUUCUUACUUUAUUGUGGACCCUAUCAUGCGUCAUGUUCAUGUUUUAUACCACUCUUACGGUGUCGGGGAAAUGCCUUGAUGAUUUUUUUUUCAGAUUUUCUCUAUUUACUAUUUUUUAUUCACCAAUUUUACAUUUUAAUACUGAUUUAUGGAUAAACAUUUACUUUGAAAGCUAAUUCAGGUAAAAUGUAAGGAACUUGCUUAAAGCAAAAGAAAACAAAUACCAAGAUGCCUUUCUUUAAAUUUUUCUGGAAUACACAGGAAUCAAAAAUCAUCCCUAACAUAAUCUAUACAAUACAGGAAUAGAAUUUUUACAGAAAGUUACAAAGAACUAAAAAUCUACUAGUUCAUGUUUGUUGCAUUAAGAUUUGAGUGAGUCUUCAAGUUUUCUAUGUAUUUUAUUUUAGAAGUGAAUUAAUUCUGGAUUGCAACUGUUGCAGAAAACUAAAUAAAAUCUCUAACCACUGGUCAUUAAUAUCAUUAACUUUAAAAAUGAAUUCAAGCUUUCAUUUGGUUACAUUUCUUCAUUGCAAAGAUUUACAUCUCUGAGGCUGUGAAAAGCAUAACAAUUCCUUUGCUUCAUUUGUCCCACUUAAAAUCCUCAAUUAAAAAAAAAAUG